AUGCAGCUUCAUAUAUCACCAAGUUUGAGGCAUGUGACUGUUUUUCCAGGAAAAGGAGUUAGAGAAUUUAUGAAAGUGAGGGUUGGAGCUAGACGGGUUUCAUAUCGAAUGCUCUUCUAUUCUCUCUUGUUCUUCACUUUUCUUCUUCGCUUUGUGUUCGUUUUGUCCACAGUUGACACCAUUGAUGGAGAAACCAAGUGCUCUACGCUAGGUUGCUUGGGGAAAAGACUAGGACCAAGGAUAUUGGGAAGAAGGCUUGAUUCAGCUGUACCCGAUGUGAUAUAUCAAGUACUAGACCAACCACUUGGCAAUGACGAAUUAAAGGGAAGAACUGAUGUUCCUCAAACAUUAGAGGAAUUUAUGGAUGAAGUCAAAAACAGCAGAUUAGAUGCAAAAACUUUCGCUCUCAAGCUCAGAGAAAUGGUCACUCUACUUGAACAAAGGACUAGAAAUGCCAAAAUCCAAGAAUAUCUGUACAGGCAUGUAGCAUCAAGUAGCAUACCGAAGCAGCUUCAUUGCCUUGCCUUGAGGUUAGCCAAUGAGCACUCCACCAACGCAGCUGCUCGGCUCCAGCUCCCGUUGCCGGAACUCGUCCCGGCGCUCGUCGACAAUUCUUACUUUCACUUUGUCCUGGCUUCAGACAAUGUUCUUGCUGCUGCUGUUGUUGCCAAUUCACUUGUCCAAAAUGCGUUGCACCCACAGAAGUUCGUGCUACACAUAAUAACGGAUAAGAAAACUUAUUCACCUAUGCAAGCAUGGUUCUCAUUGCACCCUCUGACUCCUGCGGUAAUUGAGGUCAAGGCAUUGCAUCAUUUCGAUUGGUUCGCGAAGGGGAAAGUGCCAGUUUUGGAAGCAAUGGAGAAAGAUCAAAGGGUGAGGUCACAGUUUAGAGGGGGUUCAUCUGCAAUUGUGGCAAAUAACGCCGAGAAACCUCAUGUUAUCGCGGCAAAGCUACAGACACUUAGUCCCAAAUACAAUUCAGUGAUGAAUCACAUUCGAAUUCAUCUACCUGAGUUAUUCCCAAGUCUGAACAAGGUUGUGUUCCUAGACGAUGACAUAGUGGUACAGACCGAUCUUUCGCCUCUCUGGGACAUUGACAUGAAUGGAAAGGUUAAUGGGGCAGUAGAAACCUGUCGAGGAGACGACAAGUUUGUGAUGUCAAAGAAGUUGAAGAGCUAUUUGAACUUCUCUCAUCCUUUGAUAGCGAACAAUUUCCAUCCGGACGAAUGUGCCUGGGCUUAUGGCAUGAACAUUUUCGAUUUAGAGGCUUGGAGGAAAACCAACAUAAGCGUAACAUACCAUCACUGGGUUGAAGAGAACUUGAAAUCAGACCUGAGCUUGUGGCAGCUAGGAACAUUACCUCCAGGCCUAAUAGCAUUCCAUGGUCACGUCCAUGUUAUCGAUCCCUUCUGGCAUAUGUUGGGUCUAGGCUACCAAGAAAACACAAGUUUGGCCGAUGCUGAGACUGCCGGAGUCAUCCAUUUCAAUGGUCGAGCAAAGCCUUGGCUAGAUAUAGCAUUCCCUCAACUCAGGGCCCUGUGGGCUAAGUACAUCAACUUUUCUGACAAGUACAUUAAGGGCUGUCAUAUUAUGGCGUCUUAA